AUGGCCCAUGCCCCGUUGUUACGAAAUAAUACAGCUCCGGCCUUUCAGCCAAACUCCAACGGAUUCAGUGGCUUCUCGCAGACCAGUAUGAACCAUGCGCCGCGCGCCAGCCAACUCUCGGGCUCGACAGCCUUUGCUGGCUCCUCGGCUUCGUUGAGUUCUCUGUCCACGGCUACGACCGCCACACCACAGAACGGUGGUCCCGUGCUAGCCACUGCGAAUAUUAUCAAUCAAAAGGCCGACGCUUCACGAUCGCUCUACCAGAUUUGCAUUUCGCUCAAGCAGCGCUUGGCCCAGGUUCCUGGCUUUGACCCUUAUCUCGAUCAGCUGGACCCCAAUGAUCCCGUUGACCCUCUAUGGAAUCUCUUUCGAACAGGAUAUCCGUUACUCCUUAUUUACAAUGCCUUGCGACCUAACGAAGAGCUCAAGGUCGAGGACCCUAGCGCUAAUGAAGCUAAGAAGUCCAAGAUCGCCAUCUUCAAAUUCGUUCAGGCCUGCAUGAAGGACCUAGAUAUUCCAUCUUCCCAUAGUUUUGUGAUAACUGACUUAAUGGGUAAUGAUACCAGUGGCUUUGUAAAGGUGACUCAAGUUGUUAACUACGUCUUGGAUCGAGCAGAGGAACGUGGGUAUCUCCUUCAACCUCAACCAUACCCUGAGGAUGGACCCGGUACCAACGAGCCCACGGGCGGACAGAUGACCUACCGAGACCACAUUAUCCGUGAACUUGUCGACACCGAGCGAAAAUACGUUCAAGAUCUCGAGAACCUGCACGACUUGAAGAAGACACUCGAACAACAAGGCGAAAUUCCUGGCGAUACUCUCCAUCAGAUCUUCCUCAACAUCAAUGCUAUUCUCGAUUUCCAGCGCCGUUUCUUGAUUCGAGUAGAGACAACAAACUCCCUGUCUGCUGCGAACCAACGAUGGGGGGCUCCCUUUAUUAUGUAUGAGGAUGCGUUCGACAUUUACCAGCCUUUUAUCGCAAACCAACGUAAGGCGGCUAUGGUUGCGAAUCAGGUUUUUGACAAGAUCCAACGCUCCUCACACCCAGUGGCAACAGAUUUCAACACUCUGGAUGGUUUCCUGCUAAAGCCCAUGCAAAGAUUGGUUAAAUAUCCUCUGUUGCUCAAGGAUUUGAACAAGAAGACCGAGGAUGAUGAAGUCAAGAUGGAUCUGACCAGUGGUUGUGAGGCCGCUGAACGAGUGCUGAAAAAGGCUAACGAAGCCGUUAACCGCGACUUGCUUGAUGAGGCUCUCGAGGACCUUACAAACCGAGUUGAGGACUGGAAGAACCACAAGGUGGAACAAUUUGGCAAGCUUCUCCUGCAUGGCGUGUAUGGUGUGAUCACCGGAAAGACAGACCAAGAGAAGGACGUAAGUCUGCGUUCCAGAUUCCAGGGGCCUGAUACUGAUCUUGCAAAGUACGAAAUUUACCUUUUCGAGUCCAUUCUCCUGUGUUGCAAGGAGAUCUCAUCAAGCAAGAGCAAGGAUAAGAAGGACAAGCUGCGGUCAUCAGGUCCCAAGACGCGGAACAAGAGCGCCAAGCUUCAGUUGAAAGGCAGGAUCUUCAUGACUAAUGUGACUGAUAUUGUGUCCUUCUCUAAGCCAGGCAACCACAGUGUACAAAUAUGGUGGAAGGGCGACCCUGGUGUUGAAAACUUUGUCAUCAAGUUCUUGAACGAAGAGACUUUGAGGAAAUGGGUGAUGACUCUGGAGACCCAGAGGAAGCAUAACGUGCCGCGCCAGUCUUCGAACUCAGACUCGCUUUCAACCGACUUUGCCUGGACACGAGAGCAUGGGGUUGGGCUGGAGAAUCCAUACCUGCAGGAAGAUGACGAUGAUGAAGACAUCGGACCAGCAACAGCACCCGCCGGGUACCCUACUGGACCUCCCGUAGGUAUCGUGCCUCGAACAGCUUCAACCAGUAACCUUCGCGCUCGGGCCGGAACCGGAGAGAGCUCUGCUUCACUGGCCGGUAUGGUGAGAGCGCCUCCGCCUCGAUUCCCUCUACCAGCGCCGCCUGCACCUCUCAGCCUUCAGACACCAGCGAAUGGUGCUCAUUCACCCGGCGCCUGGGCAGGCGAUAGCUACUUCUCUCCCGUCGCCGAGUCACCAGCAUCAUCAAGAACCAGCACAGCCAGUGGAAUGUUUACAACACCUCACUAUGGACUCCCCAAGAGUGCUACUCCUCAGCCAACAUGGGAGGAUGGCAACGGCAACCGAUACACCGCACCCGCCAUGCCACGUGCUCCCUCUCGCGACGGCACUUCACCGAACCCUCAUGGACGUAACCCUCGAGGGCCUUCUCUGCCAGCAAUGGCCUCUAGCAGUCAGGCGGCUCUUGCUGCUCAACACAGGAACCGCUCGUACAGCACUCCUGAUAUUAAUGGACCAGGAAUGCCACGCACACGACAGCCUAGCCACGGAAACAUUCCAGCAGUUCCUGGCAUCCCUCAACACUUGCAUCCUGGCCACAACCCCAGUAUUGGCCGAGAACAAACAGGUUCACCUAGAAAUGAACAGCCAACUCGAGCUCAAACAAACAGUCCAGGCGCUCAGCGAGAGCGAAUGCACAAGCACACCGGCAGUGUGGGCGGCAGCAUGAACCACUUCCCUUCACAACCAGUUCAUCCACGAUCAAUGACACCAGGUGCUGGAGGAAAUGCUCUUCGUGUUGACGCUGCUGCCGCCAACUCACGAACAGUGUCUCCAGCUCUUGGUACAGCAACGAUGCCACCAAACUCGAACCCUCUAAGCCCGGAAAUGCCCCUGCCAACACAGCUCAAGGUUCGAGUGAACUGCGAGGCAGGAAACUAUGUCACCCUAGUCGUAGCGUUCAACAUUACCUAUCAGUCUCUUGUUGAUCGCAUCGACGCCAAGCUCGCCCGCUUCACUACUAGCAGUAUCAGCAAGGGUCUGCUCAAGCUUCGAUACCGCGACGAAGACGGUGACUUUGUCGCAAUCGAAGGCGAUGAUGAUAUCCAGAUCGCUUUCAUGGAGUGGCGCGAAGGUGUCAGGAACAUGUACUCUGGAGGCGUAGGAGAGAUAGAGCUCUUCUGCGUCGGUGGCACUUCCUAG